AUUUCAAGAAGGAAUUGAGAUCACUCAACAGAGAAUUGCAACUGCAUUUUUUGGAACUUGCUGACGUCCUUGUAGAGCGACCAUCUCAAUAUGCCAGACGAGUGGAAGAAAUUUCUCUUAUUUUCAAGAACAUACAUCACCUGCUCAAUUCUAUUCGUCCUCACCAGGCUAGAGCAACACUCAUCCAUAUCCUAGAACUCCAGAUACAACGACGCAAACAAGCGGUGGAGGACAUUAAAAGGAGAAGAGAAGAAGCACGGCGACUUCUAGCGGAGGCACUUGGAACUCUUGAUGGACAAUAG